GCAGCAUCUUUCUCUCUCUCUCUCCUUAACUCAUCUCUCUCCUCCUUUCGUUCAUUAUCGACUUUCUAUAAUGACUAUCUUUGGCUGGUUCAAGAAGAAAGAACCAGAGAAUUAUGAAGAGGUCCUCGAGUCGCUCGCUCUCGAUAUUCGAAAGAGACAGAUGCGUCUUUCGGAAAUCAGACUACGUGAACGGCGGACAACGCUUCUGAUUACUUUGUACACCCUCGCAAUUUGGGCGGCGUAUAUUGCCGCAUGGUACGCCGGCUGGAGACCCCUGAAGGCUUUCCCAAUAUUCAUUGGACCUAUAAUAAUUCAGUUCUCGCGUCGAAUAGCCCAGACGUGGUAUGAACGGAUAGGGAACGCAGAAGAAAAAACGUUAAAGGAGCUGCAGUCUCAGCAGCGCAGCAAAGUCGAAGAAUUCAAGAAGAAGAUGAAUUAUUAUUCAACGAAGAACCUCAUUGAGCGAUAUGACUCGCCAUCUGCACCAAACACGCCUGCACGACCACGACCGGACGCGCCACCUGGAGCUAGAUUACAGCAAGGACAGAUGACUCUGCAGAGAGGUGUACAGGGACAGCCAAACGGCUUUCCGCAGGCUAAUAGGGGUCAGCCUGCACUGGCGACACAGGGCCAACAAGUACCACUUUCCCCACCCCGAAAGCAAUGGUAUGACAAACUUGCGGAUGCUCUUCUCGGAGACGACGAAUUGUCCGACAACCCCAAGAAUCGCUAUGCUCUAAUUUGUCAAAAAUGCUUUACACAUAAUGGUCUUGUGAAGGAGGAAUUAUGGGAAGACACACAAUUCGUCUGUCCGAAAUGUGGGCAGUUCAAUCCGUCUAUGCGUGCCCUCAAGGCAGGCCGCGGGCCGACAUCUCCCCAACAGACUCAUCCUGAUAUGCAAUCCCAACGGAGAGCUGGUCCGCGUAUGUCCGCGCCUAUACAUAGCACAGGUCCAUUACUUCAAGUGGAAGCGUCCGGGCUCGAUCGGCGUCGCUCGCUUCCGGCACCAAAUGUGAGUGUCAUUACGAGUGACGAGGAAGAUGAACAACCUCGAGCAGAAACGAACGCGCGUGCUCGUCGAUCACCAUUUUCUCCGACUGUACCGCUUCCUGAGCAUGAAGAAGAGGAUGAAAAUGAGGAGCACGAGUGAUUUUCUUCAUUUUCUCUUUCAUUAUACUUUCUUUCCAUCAUUACUCUACAGUUCUGCAUUGUCGAAUCUACAGGUAAAUCUUGAAUACGACUCAAACACUACUUCCGUUUUCUGUAGCAUUCCUAUCCCGCUUUUCACAUCUAUCCAUCAAGCUAUCGUUCGUGAUUGUUAUGUUCACUCGACUU